AUGAAAAACCAAAUAAUAUUUUAUUUUUUGAUUUUAUUAUUUUCAACAUUUUAUAUUUCAUUUUCUAAUUCCCAAACCUUACAAGAAUAUAAUUGUUUAGCCAAUAUUUUUGCCAAAUUUAAUUUAUCAAAUGCUUACCCAAAAAAUGCAACUGGUGGACAUACAAAUAUUUGUUCAAGUCCUGGUAUUACAUGUUCUAGUGGCACUGUUUUGGGAAUAGAAAUUACAGCUAAUUUAGAAUAUCCACCUCCAAAUGCGGUUCUUACACCAAACGAUGUAUUUUGUUUACCAAAUUUAUAUUCUCUUAAAUUUGAAAAAAUGAAAGUCAACACAGAUUUUAUUUUUACAAAGUUUGGCAAUGCAAAGUCAUUCACUUUGUACCAAGUGCCUAGAGGUGGAAUUGAUAUUAAUAUAAUUGAUAGACCUUUCCCUUCAUACGAUAACUAUUUCAUAGCAAUUGAAGAAUUUAAUAAUACAAUUUUAUAUUCUUCAUAUUUAAAUAAUAUUAAAAAUUUUUAUUUUCAAUUAUCUUUUGUUAGAUUUAUUAUUAACGAAGGAACCAAUUUUACAAAUCUUAGUUUACUUUCUUUAUGGUCUCUAAAUAUCCCAGAUUUAUCAUCAUACAAAUCACUCAAUUCAGUAGUUUUAACUUUAAGAGGAGAUUAUGAUACAUCAUCAGUAAGCAAUUAUGCUAACAUUAAAUCAUCAAAAAUCCAAAUUACAUCCCUAGGAGGUCCAGCAGUCCCAAGUAUUAUUGAAACUAAUCGUAUGGUAAGUUCUGUUUCAAUUUACUCCCUAAAAUUUACUAAACCAUCUGGUAUAAUUGAUAUGUCAACAGGUUAUAAUCUAAGAGAUCUUAUAUUGAAUGGUGUUGGUACAGAUUUUAAUGUGAAUGGAGAAUUUCCAAUUAUGUUUUCAAGUACUGUUCUUUCUGUAACAGUUAAUGGUGGUCCAUGGAAAACUGUCCCAGCCUUUGCUAAUGUUUCAAAUGGAGCAAUCGCAGUUAGAUCUUCAGGUUUAACAGAUUUACCAGUUUUUUAUACUGGAAAUGCAACCAUUUUAGAUUUUUCUAGUAACGCUUUGACAGGCACAAUAGAUAGAUCUUAUUGUGACUCUGAAUUGAUUGUUUCAAAUAAUAAAUUAACAGGAACCAUCCCAACAUGUUACACUUGUUAUUUUGGGUUUCCAAUUACUACAUCAUACGGAUCAUGGUCAAAAACAGCAUUUUACAAUAGAUUUAGUGGUAACACAUUCACAAACUAUGUAUCAAAUCCAGGUUGUACAACAUUUGCUCCUCAAGUGAGAGCAAAUGAUAAUUUAUCAGGUUUCAUUAUUUCUGGUAAUGAUAUUGGGUGGGAAGGUACACCUUAUAAAAUUAAUGGUAGUUAUUCAUGUCCAAACGCUCUUGGUAGAGAAAAAAGAGCGUUUAAUUGUGUUAUAGCAAACAAUAUCAUAAGAGGUGUUAGAUAUGCCAGUAUUUUAAACACAUGGCAUAAUACAAAUUAUACUUUCUCAAUUAUUAGUAGUCCACCAGAUGCAACCUCAGUUUCAAUUUCAACCAAUACUCUUACCAUCGAUGGUACUUACUUUUCAUCUUAUCUUGGUCAAUCAAUUCAAACUGUUAAAGUUGCCACUGUUGGUUGUACCAUUAGUUCAACCGAUUUCUUUAAAAUCGUUUGUACCACUGCUUCUUCGAUUCCAUCUUCUGCCUCGGCUAGUCAAUUACUCACAAUCGCAACCGCAAAUGAAACUAAAAAAUUCUAUAUUCAAACUUCAAAUGGCUACAAAAAUACAAAAGUUUGUCCAAACGAUUGUUCCACUAAUUCAAGAGGUAUUUGUGAUUUAAGUACUGGUGCUUGUGUUUGUAACCAAGGUUUUAGGGGUAGUGAUUGUAGUGAAAUUCCAUGUCCAACCUUUAAUUCAUUAGAAUGUAAUGGUAGUCCAAACGUUUGUAAUACUACAACUGGUGUUUGUCAAUGCUCUGGAAGAAACUUUGGUUCUGCCUGUGGUUCUAUCCAAUGUGUUGUUCCAAGUUGCUCAAAUUUCGGUACCUGUGACACAACAAUUGGUGUUUGUAAAUGUGAUUCAUCUCAUCAAGGUGGCGAUUGUUCAUUACCAUUAAUCCAAUGUCCAACUUUUAAUUCACUAGCAUGUAAUGGUGGUUUAAAUCAAUGUAAUAAUCAAACUGGUAUUUGCUCAUGUGAUUCAUCUCAUCAAGGUAAAGAUUGUUCAUUACCACUAAUCCAAUGUCCAACUUUUAAUUCAUUAUCAUGUAAUGGUGGUUCUAACCAAUGUAAUAAUCAAACUGGUAUUUGCUCAUGUGAUUCAUCUCAUCAAGGUAUUGAUUGUUCAUUACCAUUAAUCAAAUGUCCAACUUUUAAUUCAUUAUCAUGUAAUGGUGGCUCAAAUCAAUGUAAUAAUCAAACUGGUACUUGCUCAUGUGAUUCAUCUCAUCAAGGUAUUGAUUGUUCAUUACCAUUAAUCCAAUGUCCAACUUUUAAUUCAUUAGCAUGUAAUGGUGGUUUAAAUCAAUGUAAUAAUCAAACUGGUACUUGUUCAUGUGAUUCAUCUCAUCAAGGUAAAGAUUGUUCAUUACCAUUAAUCCAAUGUCCAACUUUUAAUUCAUUAGCAUGUAAUGGUGGUUCAAACUCUUGUAAUAAUCAAACUGGUACUUGCUCAUGUGAUUCAUCUCAUCAAGGUAUUGAUUGUUCAUUACCAUUAAUCCAAUGUCCAGCUGUCAAUUCUUUACCAUGCAAUGGUGGUUCAAACUCUUGUAAUAAUCAAACUGGUACUUGCUCAUGUGAUUCAUCCCUUCAAGGUGGUGAUUGUUCAUUACCAUUAAUCCAAUGUCCAACUUUUAAUUCAUUAUCAUGUAAUGGUGGUUCAAAUCAAUGUAAUAAUCAAACUGGUAUUUGCUCAUGUGACUCAUCCCAUCAAGGUAGCGAUUGUUCAUUACCAUUAAUCGAAUGUCCAAAUGUUAAUUCUUUACCAUGUAAUGGUGGUUCAAACUCUUGUAAUAAUCAAACUGGUAGUUGCUCUUGUGAUUCAUCUCACCAAGGUAUUGAUUGUUCAUUACCAUUAAUCCAAUGUCCAACUUUUAAUUCAUUACCAUGUAAUGGUGGUUCAAACUCUUGUGAUGAUCAAACUGGUACUUGUUCAUGUGAUUCAUCCCAUCAAGGUAACGAUUGUUCAUUACCAUUAAUCCAAUGUCCAACUGUCAAUUCAUUAUCAUGUAAUGGUGGUUCCAAUCAAUGUAAUAAUCAAACUGGUACUUGCUCAUGUGAUUCAUCCCAUCAAGGUGGUGAUUGUUCAUUACCAUUAAUUGAAUGUUUAAAUGAUUGCAGUGGAAAUGGUAUUUGUGAUACAUACAAAGGAAAAUGUCAAUGCACUCCAGGUAAAUUUAUUGGUGAAGAUUGUUCAAUCAUUUAUCAUUAUGUUACAUCAGUUAAACCAUCAACAACCAAAGGUGGAUUAGCUUCAUUUUAUGGUGUUUUUGGUAAUGUUCAUGAUUCAUUAACUAUUAAAAUUGGUGGAUUGGAUUGUAAAAUUGAAAUUGACCAAGUUUCAGAUAAUCAAAUCGAUUGUAUUGCACCAGCUGGAACAGGUAUUAAAUCAAUCAAUGUAACACAAAAUGGAGUAACUUAUUUCAAAAAUAACUAUUACCAAUAUCAAUCAAUUGAAACAGUUUUACAAUGUCCAAAAGAUUGUUCAGGAGCAAACAAUGGUAUUUGUAAUACUACAACAGGUCAAUGUACAUGUAUUAAUGGUUAUGGUUCACACGAUUGUAGCGAACUUUCAAAUAACAACAAUAAUAAUAGUAACGGAGGUGGUAGUGAUAGUGAUUCAGAACUUCCACCAACAGUUAUCGUUGUUGAUCCAGGAAAGACAAAUAUUACAAAUGGAGAAACCAACUUUUUAAUUUACAUUAAAUCAAUUUCAGAAAUUGAUUAUGAAGGAAAUAUUUUAAAAACUUUCCCACUUAAUAAUGUUUGGGAAAAAGUUAAUUCAACAGAUUCAAAUACCUAUAUUUACAAACAAAAAUUGGAAAACACAAAUUGUAUUGUUGAAUCAAAGAUUGAAGAAAUUACAAAUAAAGAUGGAAAAUUAUUUUCAUUCGCAGAUGUUGAUUUUAAAGUUGAAAGUGGUUCAGUUAAAUUCUCAAUUUCAGUUAGUAAUUAUACAUAUAUUAGUAAUUUAAAUAAUCUUCAAAUUGAAUUAAUUUCGGAAACAUCACAAUUAGCUCAAGAUGAUAAUAAUUGUAAUGAAGUUGAUACAUCAUUAGAUACAUCAAAUUUUAAUAGUGAAUCAAAUUUGAACUAUAUUAAAAUUUCAAAGAAUAAUAAAGUACUCUCUGGUAGAUUCAUUAAUAAAGUAGUUUCAGAUGGUAAAGUUACUUUCCUCGACUCAAUAGCAACAAAAUCAACAUCAGAUUCAAUUUCAAUUACAUUAAAUUUACCACAUUGUACAUCUCAAUGUUUAGUUGAUCCAGAUUUUUCUGUUUUACUUUCAUCAGAUUUCAAAUCAAAAUGUGGUGAAAAAGAUGAUAAGAAAUCAUAUGUUAUUCCAGUAGCAGUUGUCUCAUCAGUUGUUGGUGUAGCUUCAAUUGGUGCUGCUAGUUUUAUUAUUUACAAAAAGAAAUACAUUGAAAAUCCAUUAAAAAAGAAAUUAAGCAGAGCUUCACAAAAUUAA